AUGGAGGUCGAAAUUUUUGACGUGAUCAUCGUCGGCGGUGGCACAGCCGGAUGCGUUCUUGCCUCCCGACUCUCCGUUCGGCAAGACUUAAAAGUCCUCCUACUGGAGGCUGGAAGCAACAACAUCAACGAAGAAAAGGUCACGACACCCUUGCUGAGUCGACGAAUGUUUGGAGAUCCGAACUAUGAUUGGUGCUCAGAAUCCUCACCGCAGAUUGGCAUGAACGGACGUGUCUUCCAGCAUACAAGAGGCAAGAUGCUUGGAGGAAGCAGUGGAAUCAACUCCCAUAGUCUAGUGUUCCCAAACAAAGCUAUGCAUGAGGCAUGGGCCGAAAUAUCGGGAGAUGAGCGAUGGAGCUGGGAGGAGAUCAAAGACUACUACCGCGCAUUUCAUACAGAGCAGGUUCAAGACAUGUCAAAUCAGGACCGUCAAAGCCAAGGGCCUAUACAAGCAUCUUAUCCGAAAGAGCUGAAUGCCCUACAGAAUGCCUGGGAAGAGGUAUUCGACGACUUGGGCGCAAGAUCUGAUCAUGAUGGCCCAUCUGGCGAAGCGCUUGGGGGUUUCACAACCACCAAUGCAAUCGAUAGCCGCGCUGGCCAAGGCGUGAGAAGCUUCGCAGGGAACGCUUACCUCCAACCGACUUUGGACCGGAAGAAUCUUGUCGUCAUCUCCGGAGCAGAGGUCGAGAAGAUCGUAUUUGGGGGUGAUUCUCACACCGAUGAAGGAAAGUUAUGUGCGAUUGGCGUAAUCUAUGAGAAGGCGCACAAAUCAUCGCUAGUCAGAGCAAAUAAGGAAGUCAUCAUCUGCGCAGGCGCCCUAGGUAGCCCCAAGAUUCUUGAGCGGUCCGGAAUCGGUGAUCAACAGAUUCUGGAGCCUUUGGGUAUUCAAUGUUUAGUGAACUUGCCUGGUGUUGGAGAAAAUCUUCAAGACCAUCUCAACUUUGGACCAAGUGUCGAGGUGAAGCCCGAAAUUGAAACCAUCGACGUCAACUUCAGAGACCCCAAAGUUCCUGCAGCUCAUCGCGCAGAGUAUGACAAGAAAAGAACUGGGCCUCUGGCGGAAGGGGCGGCGUACAGUUUCGCUCAUUGGCCUCUGCAGCUCUUCAAUUCGCAAAACGAAGAGAAAGAGCUAAGGGAGCUUCUCCAACUUUCACCUCACGUCGGCAAUGAAGCUACCAAGAUACAUCACGAAUUCAUCAAUCGGAUGAUCCUCGACGACCAUGAGGCGAGCGCAACCGUAUUCAUGAUACGGGUGCAAAGAUACACCAGCCGCGCCAACCCAGCCCCAGGUAACUACAUGACCAUAGUAGCUAUGCUGGCUCACCCCUAUAGUCGAGGAUCUUGUCACGUCGAGACUGCGGAUUGGCAUGAUCAGCCGAAAAUAGACUGCGCUUAUCUCUCGAAUCCCCUCGACAUUGAAAUCCUCGCGCGUCAUGUUCAGCAAAUUGAUAAAUUGUUGGCUAGGGACGCGCUCAGUGGCUUGUUGAGAACGGAUGGCAACCGUCUCCCAACAGCAGCGGCACCUCAGACUUUGGCAGAGAUCAAGGAGAAUAUUCGAAGUUUUGGUGCUACAAAUUACCACCUCUGUGGCACAUGCGCAAUGAUGAAGGAAGACUUUGAAGGCGGUGUUGUAGAUGGGGAGCUUCUCUUACGUGGCACAACGAACAGGGAUUACUUUGUCUGA